AUGGAUGAGAAAAAACACUCUUGCAAGCUAUCUCCCAAAUGCAUUUUGGUAUUUAUGACUGCGAUAAGUAUCGUUAUCUACAUUGAUCGUGGAGCUUUAUCUGCUAUUAUUCCAAUUCUCCAAGAAGACUCAACUUUAAAUCUGAAUCCAAUUGAAGCGGGUUCAUUAGGCUCUCUAUUUAUGCUUGGUUAUAUGAUAACUUGCCCAAUAUUUGCCCAUGAAGCUCAAUUCAUUCAUCCUUUAUACUUGAUGGCUAUUGGGCUCAUUAUAUGAUCAAUUGCUGUAUUAUCGAUUUCCAUGAUUACCUCAUUCUGGCCUUUAGCAAUUGCAAGAGCUUUUACAGGGAUUGGAGAAGCAUCAUUUAUCUCUUUAUCCCCGCCUUAUAUUAUGGAAGUAGCCCCAGAGCAGCAUAAAAGUAUGUGACUUGCUAUAUUUUUUGCGUCUAUGCCUAUAGGAUAUGCAAUCGGAUUUGUAUAUGGGAAUUCUACAUACGAAUUAUUUAAUGCUUGGUACGCGCCUUUUGCUAUUGAAGGCAUAGCGAUUAUUCCUCUAAUCAUCAUUUCGUUGCUUGCUUAUAAAGACCCUAGCCUGCUUUCAAGAAAGCAAAUAGGAGAAAGCAACGAAUAUGCAACACUCACAAUGUGCCAACAACUUGAAAAAUUGGCCAAAAAUCCAAUAUUUAUCUGCUUGUCACUUGGAUAUGGGGCUUAUGCAUUUACAGUAGGUGGCAUUUCUUAUUGGGUAAGAUCUAUGUAGGGUCCUGAUUUUCUGCAAAAAUAUUUUAAUUUAAGUGCGAGUUCUUCAACCUUGUGACUAGGAGGAAUCACCAUUUUCUGUGGACUUGUUGCAACCAUUCAUGGCUCUUGGAUUUUAGACAAAAGACUGGUAAAAGAAAAUAAGCUUUUUCAUGAUGGUCUCGCUACAGAAGAGGAAAUUGAAAAUACAAGGACGAGAGAAGCUACGUUUAUUCUUCUUAUUUCUAUGACUUUAGGGACGAUUAUUGGAGUAAUUGGGUCGCUUACUGAUGAUUUUUAUCCUUUCAUUAUUUGUUUGGGAAUUGCAGAAUAUAUGAUAUUUUUGUAAAACUAAUUUAGGGGGCAUGGACCAGUGGGAAUUGCAUUGAUGACUUGUGUUUCAAAAGAAAUGAGAGGACAGUCUAAUGCGAUUUCUAUAUUUAUUACACAUCUAGUUGGAGACUUUCCUUCUCCUUUUCUAAUUGGGAUAUGAUUUGAAACAAUAGGAUUAUACUGGGGAAUGUUCUGUGUUACAGCUUGGCUGAGCUGGUCUGCUCUUUUUAUGGGAUUAGCAUGAAAUUUUGCUGUAAAAUAUAUGUAGAGAUAUAAUGGGCAGAGUGUGCUUUAUGUAUUGUCUCAUCUAUUUAAAAGUAGUAAAGAAGGUUUGAAAAAUAGCGCGAGAGAUGUGAAAUUUGAAAAAUUUCAAAAUUAA